AUGAGCCCGCACCACAUGGAUUCACUGAAGAAAGUUCCAAUUCUUGGCAGAAUACGUGAAACAGGGUUGAAAGCAAUAUCUGAGCAUCUAAAGCCGAACAUGUAUACUAGGGAUGAGUAUAUUAUUCGAAAGGGUGAACCGUUGCGGAAGAUGCUGUUCAUCUGGCAAGGCACUGCUUUGAGCUACACAGCUACUAAAGGCGCAACAACAAGUGUUUGCAAAUGCCUUGAGAAAAAUGAUUUCUAUGGAGAAGAACUUGUAAUUUGGGCAUUGAAAUCUGCCUCAUUUUCUGAGUUGCCUAUCUGCACUACAACCCUUGUGUCCCAAUCAAAAGUUGAAGCAUUUUCAAUCACGGCAAACCACUUGAAGUCUGUAGUCGCUGAGUUUUGGUGGCACUUUAGAUGGGAGCUUCCUCCCUCUCGGUUGGAGUAUUUUGCAGCUUCUUCCACACAAGCAGCCUGGUGCCGCCACCAUGCAAAAAAGCUAAGAGAUCAACUGGUGUCUAAGGUCACCGUUGAAGAUGUACUGGAGAAGCAAUCAGUUGGUGCUCGGGACAAAAAUGAUUUUGGAGUUGUUGGUGUCCACCAUGUCGGAUUGUUGUGUGAAAACCUUGAAAGAUCUCUCAGCUUUUACCAAAACAUUUUAGAGCAGCAAAUGAGGAAGUGGGGUCUAAAUUCUGAUUCUUUUUCCAAAUUUCCCCCAAAACACAGCGAGCCAGGAGCUGUAGGGAAUGGUCACAAAGAACACAGGUCAUCGACAAAAACCCAGAUGAGCAGCUGCUCUUCCAUGGCUUCCCUUCUCAUCCCACCACCCACUCUUCGUCUCCAACUCAAGGAGGAUGGGAUCAGAGUCAGCACUGUGCUUACGAACUUAUCAUCUAAAAUUGACCGGACCUGUCUGAGAAGUUGCAGACGUCAGGGACGGUGUUUUGUGACGAAAGCUCAGGUCACCGUUGAAGAAAUUGUACUGGAGAAGCAAUCAGUUGGUGAUCAGGACCAAAAAGAUUUUGGAGUUGUUGGUGUCCACCAUGUCGGAUUGUUGUGUGAAAACCUCGAAAGAUCUCUCAGCUUUUACCAAAACCUUUUAGGUCUUGAAAUAAAUGAGGCCAGGCCACAUGACAAGCUCCCCUUCAGAGGUGCCUGGUUAUGGGUUGGUUCAGAGAUGAUUCAUCUCAUGGAACUUCCAAAUCCCGACCCUUUAACCGGAAGACCAGCCCAUGGAGGUCGUGACCGCCAUACUUGUAUUGCAAUCCGGGAUGUGUCUAAGCUCAAAGCAAUCCUCGACGACGCUGGUAUUACCUACACGCCUAGCAAGUCCGGGAGGCCUGCGAUUUUUACACGAGACCCGGACGCAAAUGCUCUGGAGUUUACUCAAGUUUGAUAGCUGAGAGUUGCAGGCUUAACCUUUAUGUAUCAAUCCCGUCGUGGUUACAUUAUGUUUAGACACACUAAUUGAGAUUAGUAGAGUGUUGUACAGGUUAUACAUAAAACGAUCAUUGUUAUUUGGGCUGCUGGUGUAAAGAGCUUCAUUACAUCAUAUUAUGAUAAAUUGUUAAUUUGGAUCA